CAGGAUCCAAACCGAAGUCGCUAUAUGAUUCGGUGCCACAGCUGAUAUUGCACCUCGAAAUGGCAGUACUUCGAACCGCCCGAAUCAUUCAUGCGCAACUCUCUCUAAGAGGCUGGGAAUUCCCAUCUCUCUGCCUCUCAGACCUCCGUCCUGUCGAUGGCUCUCGUCCCUCCCAAUCCUGGCGCUCAGGCAUUGUGCGACGAUGACAAUAUCUGCACGCGAGAGCAUUGUUUCAGGAGCUUCGACGCCUUAUUCUGUGCGCUCACGUCGCACAAGCCGCUAGCCGUCAAGUUCUCGGACGAGAAAUACCCAUUGUUCGUAACGUGGAACACAAGGUCUUCACGUCCUGGACGCGCCCCACGAUUGCGGGGAUGUAUCGGGACGUUCGAGCCGAUAUCCCUGAGAGACGGAUUGGCGGAAUAUGCACUGAUUAGUGCAUUCCAGGACACGAGAUUCAGGAAGAUUGAGGAGCGGGAGUUAGAGAGCCUUGAAUGCCAUAUUUCGCUGCUCACUGACUUCGAAGACGCGUCGUCAUACAUUGACUGGACAGUUGGGAUUCAUGGAGUCUACGUUACGUUCCCUCAUCCGUCCUUACUGCCUGCGGCAUCACCCUCUCCUUCAUCUGACCCAUCGCCGUUCUCAUCCUCUUCAUCCCUUCCCACUCGCAACAGCUUGAAACAUAGCUUUUCCGCCACUUAUUUGCCUCAAAUAGCCCUUGAACAAGGCUGGGACAAGAUUGAGACCAUUGAUAGUGCCAUUCGCAAAGCAGGAUGGAGUGGUCGCAUCACCGAGGAUAUCCGCCGUAGUUUGAAGCUUCGCCGGUAUCAGAGUCGCAAGUGUACCGUCAGCUGGGAGGACUUUAUGCAGUGGCGCGUAGAGAACGGCGGCGAAGUGUAAUGUACGUUGCGUAGAUGCAGACAUACCACUUCUGGAGAUUGCACGAAUCUGUUUCUUGCUGUACUACAUCGGGCUUAUCCUAAUAGUCAUUCAUCGUGGAUCCUCUUCCUGAAACGUUCCAAUCGUCCACCCCAUCCGCCUCCAAACUUAUCUUCGAGCUUCUGCCAAACACGUUGUAGCUUCGGUUUGUCACGUCCGCUCAGCCUCUUGAAGGCCACAAGAAUCCAAUAGAUAGUCCUCUCGCUCGGCUUCGAUUCAUGAGUUAACGUGAGGAAAGAAUCGAAAAGUGCAUCUAAAUUCGCCAUCGUCCACUGUGAUCUCUUCAGAUGGCGUGACAGUGUUUGAUCUUCUUUCAAUGU